AUGUCUCGGCAGUUGUGGCUAUGGAAACUUGAUGAUAAUACCAUUAUCACGGCGAUACCGUCUCGAGCAAAUGGAAUGACGGCCGAUACCCUUCUCGAGACCAUACGCCAGGGCAACCUGGAUAUCCUCACGACACCGAAUGACCUCAUUAAGCGCAUACUAUACGAGACGGUGUCGUUCCUUGACGAAUUCAGAUGGGCGGGACUCGGUAACCAUAUCCUAGAUAUCUUCGAAGGCGAGAUUGCGACCGAGACGGACCGAGAAGCCGGAUUCUUUAAGAACUUUAGCAGUGGCAAUUGGAGUCCAAAUAACGUCAACGGGUUUAUACAAGAAGCUGCUCACUGUACCUAUCGCGUUAGGGACAUCCGAGACGAGCUUCACCUGCUGCGGCAAGUCUUCGAGACACAAGCCAGGGUAGUUGCAGAUUUUGCAGCGAUAUUCUGGCCUAGUAGUGCCCCUGGAAGUCAAAAACAGGGGAAUAUUGCUUCGAAGGAUUUGCGAGAGAGCUUUAUUCGCGAUUGUGGUCUCCAGUCGCUCAUCCAACGAGUCAGGCGGAUGGAAAGCGAUGCGUCAACUACGCUUGAGGGGUUGAGCACCAUCAUCCAAGCAAUGCAGGCCCAGGCCUCUCUCAAGGAAGCCGAACAAUCACGGUUCUUGAAUCUCAUGAUUCUACCUUUCACGAUUAUAACAGUAAUAUUUACCCCGCUCUCUUUCCUCACGAGCCUCUUCGCAGUGAAUACUUUGGGGUUCCCGCACAACGACGACGGUGAACUACGAUUGCCAGCCUCGUGGUUUUCUUGGAGGAUGGUUGUCGGCGAGGUUUCUUCUCUGCUUCCCCUUGGGCUGUUGGUCCUCUUGAUAUACUUUUGGUAUGGAAAUGAGAGUGGUGAGUUUUACAUCCUGCGCAGGGACUCGACAUUUUUCAAUUUCAAUGGCUAA